UGUGGGUGUAGUUGACUUUGUUGUUGUUGCCGCUGUCGUUUCUGUUUUAUGCUUGUCGUCUUUUGCUCGAUUGCCGUCGGCUCUUUUGGCACUUUUGUUGUGCUCGACGAGUUCAGUACACUACGAGUUUGCCAAACGUGCGGUUCGGUUUGUCGAAUGCUUAAAGCGUUUCCAAAGAAAGUGUGAAAAGUGUGUGAAGAAUUCGCAAAACAAUCGUAGUAAAAAUAUAAUAAAAAACCAAAAGCCCAAAGCAAGUUUCAUUGUUACACAAGUGAAAUUAGUCUUUUAAUGCGGUUUUGCUUUUUGAUUUGAGCACAUCAACUAAUAGCAUUAAGAAAAGCAAACGCAGUGAAAAUUGUUGUAUGCAACAACAAUUGAAGAUAAAAAUAAUAAUGCUAGUGACUGCAAGAGCAGCAGCAACUGGCACGAGAAUGGCAGCAAUCAGUAUGACAAACGGCAGUGAUUAAAACCAGUCAGGCCAGACUAGCCCCAUUGGCACCAGCAGCCAACAGCAGUCGCAGCCGCAGCCACUCAGUCUCAGAGUGCGAUAGCAGCAGCUGCCAACACCACCGCCCAAACGCUCGAUUGGCAAACACAAACGCUGCUGAAUCAUCAGAGCUACAAAAUAGGCUGGCUCAACAGUUUUCAAGUGCGCUACGUUAAUUGAAAAUACACUUGAUUCUACCGAGUUGCAGCUACAAGAACACGUAAAGAGACCUUCAGCGAUCAUUGUCAACAGCAACAAGCGACAACAGCAAUGAUUGCAACAAUGCUAAUUACUGAGCGGAGAAGAAGAUAUCAACAUAAUAGCAGCGGGGAGAGACCAAUAACAAUUGCAAUGUUGCAUAUAAUCUCCCUUUGCUUCUACCUCAUUGUGUCUGUCAAUGCUUGGAUACCCGAUGUGCAGCCCGAUUUGAAAACGAAACAAGACAAAGUGAUUUCGAGUUUCUUUGGCAACACAACGGACUAUUAUAAGAUUUUGGAUCACGAUGGUGAGAGUGUUCUCGUGGGUGCCAAGGACGUCAUCUACAACAUCAGCAUGAAGGGUCUGAAGGAGAAUAGUCGGUUAGUGUGGACCAGCACUGGCGCGGAUCGGGAACUGUGCAUGCUGAAGGGCAAACCCGAAUCGGAUUGCCACAACUAUUUGCGUGUCUAUGCCCGUCUCAGUGAUGGCCAGAUUCUGCUCUGUGGCACCAACUCGUAUAAGCCACGUUGUCGUCACUAUGCUCCCGUCGAAGCGACUCCGGAUGUGGUGGAUUCCAGUGCCGGCAACAGCAUGCGAUACGAGAUAACGCGAGAUGUCGAGGCACAGGGUCUGUGUCCCUACAGUCCCGCUCACAACAGCACCUAUGCCUUUGCCGAUGGCCAGUUGUAUAGCGCUACUGUUGCUGAUUUCUCCGGUGGUGAUCCCUUAAUCUAUCGCGAGAAUCUUCGCACCGAACAAUAUGAUCUCAAACAACUCAAUCAGCCGGACUUUGUGGGAACCAUUGAGCGCAAUGGGUUUGUGUUUUUCUUCUUCCGUGAACUCUCGAUGGAGUUCAUGAACUUUGGCAAAGCGGUAUACUCUCGAGUUGCACGUGUCUGCAAGAGCGAUCGUGGUGGACCCUAUAAUCAUGGCAAGAGUUGGACCUCGUACCUCAAGGCGCGACUGAACUGCUCGGUGCCCGGCGAGUUUCCCUUCUACUUUGAUGAAAUACAGGCUAUAAGUCCAGUUGUAGAGAGCGGCCCCAAUGCAUUGGUUUACGCCGUUUUUACCACCUCGAUGAAUGCGAUUCCCGGCUCGGCGGUGUGUGCCUUUCGAGUGGAUGACAUAUUGUCCGCCUUUGAUGGUGAUUUCAAAUCGCAAAAGGACUCGCAAUCUCAUUGGUUGCCCGUGGAGCAAACGCAGGUGCCCAAGCCGCGUCCCGGCCAGUGUGUGGAAGAUUCUCGCACGCUACCCAGCAUUGCAGUGAAUUUCAUUAAGAACCAUCCACUGAUGGAGAGCGCUGUGCCCGCAGUGCACAGUCGUCCGCUCCUGACCAAGGUGCAUCUGCAUAAUCGACUCACGGCAAUUGCGGUUGAUGCCCAAGUUCGGGCAUUGAAUGGCAAGCACUACGAUGUCAUCUAUAGUGGCACUGACGAUGGAAAAGUGACAAAGUUCAUCAACAUAAUGACAUCGCAUCCGAACAACACUGAUAACCUACUCACAGUGGUCAUCUCAGAGAUGCAGGCGCUGCCUUUGGGCACACCAGUGCGUGAGUUGGUCAUCUCUUCCAAGAAGAACACUCUCGUUGUGGUUAGCGAUGGUCGGUUGGUGACGGUGCCUCUGCAUCACUGCUCACUCAUUGUUGACUGCAGGGGCUGUCUUAGUUUGCAGGAUCCGAACUGCGCCUGGGAUCUGCAGACACAUGAGUGCAAGAAUCUCGCCGCCAGCAAGAGCAAGUUUGGCACCAAGACCUAUCUGCAGAGUCUUAAUACGACUAAGAACACAGCGGCUUCACUUUGCCCAAAAACAGCUGCAGAUCCCGUCAUUGUCACCAUGGCACCAUCACAGGUGGAAGAUGCGAAAAAACUCCACUAUGCUAGUGUGAGCGGCGUUUCGGCCGAGAAGCCGACGAACCUGGAUCAACAGACAACGGGAGGUGGUGUUGAUUUUACACUUAACGAUUAUAUAGAUGAGAAUAAAAUACCACAGGCAUCCGUUGAUCCCGAGCAAGUUAUGACCAAUCUGCAUGAUCCCCAGAAAUCCAUGGCUGUAGUCAAUGAGCUGCAAAAGGCAUCGACAUUAACAAACUUGACCACGAUGAUCAUCAUAUUUGCGUUCUUGCUCACAUUCCUUUUGGGUGGCUUUGCGGGCAUCAGAAUGAAGCAAACCUGCAACCAGAAUCGACUAGAUGCCAGUCACCACAAUCACUUUGGCAAGCCGACUCAAUUCAAGCAUCAAAACAGCGGCAAGGACAUUAAUUUAUUAAUCAACUCGAAUCCAUACACUACAACACAGAAAACAGCGAAUCUGGAUCUUGAGAAAGAUCGCAGUCACGAAUGCAAAAACUCCACAGAACAUUUGGAAAAGGAAUUGCCGUGCAAAACGUCCACGCUGACAAAAGUGAAACGCACCUAUAUAUGAGGGGAACCUAUCACACAGUUCUUUUGGUGGCCAGUUUACCACAAGAUUAGUCGAAUUUUCGUUGUUUAUGUUGCAGUUAGUUGUAGUAAACCCCACCCCCAAACAAUUGGACACAGCAUCAGUUUUAAAGACGCGUUUGAAACGUGUCUCGGCGCAUCCGAAACUGUUGUGCUUAACUUUAGUUUUUUUUGUCAAGAUUUAGUUAAAUUUAUCGCUAAUGCGCAGCCUCGAUCACUUCGUUAGCUGAAAGGGAAUAUUAAAGUGCUUCCUAUCCAGCUAAUAAGUUGAUCAGGCGACGCAUCUAUAUGUUUAUUUUAUAGAAUAUUUGGUAAGUGCAAAAUUAGAGAUUAAAACAUUUACAUAUCAUACGUAGAAGGCACAUCAUAAGGUCACACAAGAAUUGGCUAUGUUUAUAUUGAACAAAAGUUUUUGAUUGUGCCCGGAGAUGUUAAACCCACCCACAAAUCGAAUAUAUUUCUCGAAAUUCACACGAUUAUUAUUCUGUACAAGUAUUUUGUUAGACUGAAUGUUUCUCUAAUUUCUUUCUAGUUUUCUUUGUACAUGCAGCAAUAGAAUGCUAUCUACAUAUAUUUAAUUAUAAAUUGUGUCUGUUUUGUGGCUAACAAAGGCAAUACAAAUUGUAUCUAACAUUAAGCUCAAUAAGGAAUUGAAUAAGAGAAUGUAUUUUUGUAAUUUUAUAUAGUAGCACUUAGGCUAAGAUAGAUCACUUGCUAUAUCAAGUUGAAUUCUGCGGUCAAAACAUAUAUAUGAGGCUGAAUCAUAAGAACUGAGAUCCCUUGACAACGGCAGCCCCGAAAACCGAUAACAAUCACGCACAAAAAACAAUUGCACGCGCCUUAAAAUCCAUAUAAAUAUGCUAUAUGCCUAUAUUUAGGCCUUAAAUGUAAAGUUAAACACUUAGAUUAAGAAUUAUAAUAAAUACUUGCAUGUAUUUUAAUACAGAAUCAGCAUUUUAAUAUGUUUAUGUUUAAAUUUUUAAGCUGUUGUCCGUCCGUAGCAUGCAAUUUUUAUGAUCAUAAUAUAUAUUUUUAUAUGUAUCUAAUAUCUUAAAGUUAAAUACCUAAGUAUAACUUUAAAAAAAAAAAAAUGAAGGAAUGUCAACAAAAAAAAGUGAAAAAAUUAACAAAAAUUUUAAAAUACAUGUAUCAAAAUUUUUAGGAUCAGGAAUUGCUUCUGCUUAAAUGACUCACGUAAAAAAAACCAUCAUAUGCAUCAGAAGCGAGCAAUACGAAUCCUGAAAUUCUCAUAUUGUGAUAGAUUAUAUUGAAAUCUAAAUGAUAAAACUUAUACAUAUGCCUUUUUGAUAAUACAUGUACGUGGAAGGCAGUUUGGAUUGCAUUGAAAAUAUCUGCGAAUGGGUCUUCCUAUUGGAGGAAUAAAAAAAAACAAAUAAUGUACAUUUUUAAUAUAUAUUUACAUGUAUGUAUUGUACUUGAUAUAUUGUUGUAAAGGCAUUCAAUGAGCUAUGCUACAUUUAAUAAAGUCGUAAUUUUUUAAUACA